UUCCGCUAAAUAGUCACGAGGAAGUGGAUGUUUUUCUGUCAGAACUUAGCAUGAGUGACGGGAGAAGAAGUAGACCGUUAGAACGCCUGGAUUCUGAAGUCAGUGAAGUGACGUCAUUACUACGGAACAAUGUGGAGAAAAUCAUUGAACGAGGAGAGAAGAUCGACAGCUUACAAGAUCGAUCAGAGGACCUUGAAGCGGGAUCUGUUCAGUUUAGGAAGUCUGCGACUAACAUAAAAAAGAAGAUGUGUUGGCAGAACUGCAGGCUGAUGUGUAUCAUUGGAGUCAUUGUUUUUGUCGUGGUGGCUGUCAUCAUCAUUGUCAUUGUAGUUGAAGUAAAACCGUGGGAAAAUGGUUCUGGUCAACAUCACAACCACACUGUGACUUACACUACAAGGAUUCGUUUUAACCCAGAUUAAUCAAGUGUGCCACAUCUGUUAUCAAGGCUGAAUCCAUGGUGCAAAUUCAUAUUAAUAACAUGAAAUAAUAACUCCUCAUAUGAUUUUUUUUAUGGAUGAAGUUAUUAUGGUGUCAUAGUUGAUGAUGGAAUUGGGGAGAUGGAGAUGCACAUCAGGCCAUGUUUUUUAAAUGAUAUUUGUUAUAUUCACUCCAUUUAAAUCUGAAAUUAAAUUUAUGCAUAUUAUAAAGUUUAUACAAUUUUAUAAUAAUUUUUGUAUAAUAAAAAAUGAUGUUCAAAUAGAAAUGUACAUAUGGAGGCUAUAACAUAAUUUGGGAUAAGAAUUGCCAUGUUUGUCUUCACAUUGUGUAUUAGUUAAGACCAGUUUAUCAACAUCUGCCCAAUAAAUGUCAUGUUCACACUAGCA